AUGGCUCUUGUCAUGGAGCCCGUCAGCAAGUGGAGCUCCAGUCAAGUGGUGGACUGGAUGAAAGGACUGGACGACUGCCUGCAGCAGUACAUCAAGACGUUUGAGCGGGAGAAAGUCGGCGGGGACCAGCUGCUGCGUAUCACCCACCAAGAGCUGGAAGACUUGGGAGUGUCCAGGAUCGGCCAUCAGGAACUCAUACUGGAGGCGGUGGACUUGCUGUGUGCACUUAAUUACGGACUAGAGACGGAGAAUCUCAAGACCCUCUCUCAUAAGCUUAACGCGUCAGCUAAGAACCUGCAGAACUUCAUCGCAGGGAGGCGGCGCAGCGGCCAUUACGACGGCAGAGCCACCCGUAAGCUACCCAAUGACUUUCUUACCUCUGUGGUAGACCUCAUCGCCGCUGCCAAAAGCCUUCUGGCGUGGCUGGACAGGUGCUCCUUCUUCUCCAGGUCGCCAUUUGCAUCUGUGGCUGAUUACGGUGUCACCAGAAACAAUGUCAUCCAGCUCUGUCUCGAGCUUACAACAAUUGUACAGCAGGAUUGCUCUGUAUAUGAAACGGAGAACAAAAUCCUUCAAGUGUGUAAAACUUUAUCCGACGUGUGCGACCAUAUUAUAUCUCUAUCCUCGGAUCCCAUGGUGUCGCAGGCUGCGCAUCUGGAGGUAGUGCAGUUGGCUAACAUUAAAUCCACGGAGGGAUUGGGCAUGUAUAUCAAGUCAACAUACGAUGGUUUGCAUGUCAUUACUGGGACAACAGAGGGAUCUCCGGCUGAUCGCUGUAAGAAAAUUCAUGCUGGAGAUGAAGUCAUUCAGGUCAACCAUCAGACAGUGGUGGGCUGGCAACUCAAAAACUUGGUGAACCUUCUGCGUGGGGACCCGGCAGGUGUCACCCUGACGUUGAAGAAACGCCCACAGAGCACGCUCACGUCGACUCCUGCUUUGCUAAAGAACAUGCGGUGGAAACCUUUGGCUUUGCAACCGCUGUUCCCUCAGAGCCCCAGCAGCAGUGCUGCCACACCUACCAGCACUUUAAGCUCUCCAUCUAGGAGGGGAAGCUGCGCCCUUCAGGACCUCUACAUCCCACCUCCUCCAGCGGAGCCUUACACCCCCAGAGACGACAAAGGGAGUCUUCAACGUGACGACUCUAUGUCCGAGCACGUCCAUCCCAGCAAGCGCUCCGACUCACCAAAUUCUUACCUGGACCAGGAGUGUGGCUCUCAAUUCCCUCUGGUGGAAGAUGACUCUAUACUCUACUGCUACGAGUACGACCAGAACCAAGAAGUGUCGCCUGUGCGCAGGGGGAGCACGCCCACCUACAGCAGACUCAGGCCCAUCUCCAUGCCACUGGAAUACAACUGGGCAGGAGAUGAGGAGGAGAACCUGGCCAAGAUGAAGAGAGAGAGCAGGAGAGAAAAGUCCCUUCUGCGUUUUGCGAGUGAAGACAAAGGCCCCGGGGGAGAAUUCCUGUUGGGUCGCAGCCUGAGUCACAGUCGGAGAAAGCCGGAGAGGGGCAGCAGCCCCGCUCACUACACGCUCAUCCCGGCCCUCCAGAUGGAAGUUUCACUGUCCACGUCCAGCUCCGACUCUGCCUCUCUCUAUCACGUGUUUGAGCGCUCCUCGCUGCUGUCAAGGUCAAAGAAGAAGAAUAAAGCCGGAAGCCCCAUGGCCUCCAUCAGCAAGCGACGAAUCUCCUGCAGGGACUUGGGUCAGGGUGACUGUGAAGGCUGGCUUUGGAAAAAGAAAGACGCUAAAACCUAUUUUUCUCAAAAGUGGAAGAAGUAUUGGUUCAUUCUUAAAGACACCUGCCUGUACUGGUACAUGAACGAAGAGGAUGAGAAGGCAGAGGGCUUUGUCAAUCUUCCAGAGUUUAAGGUUGACCGUGCUACUGAAUGCAGGAGAAAAUUUGCUUUCAAGGCAUGCCACCCGAAGAUAAAGACCUUCUAUUUUGCAGCAGAAAAUGUAGACGACAUGUCAAGGUGGCUGAGUCGACUCAGCAUGGCUGUGGCGGGCUAUUGUGAUCAGGACAAAAUUCAGGAUCAGGAUUACUGGAGUGAGAGUGAUCAUGAGGACAUGGACAUGGCCUCCAUGAGCAAGCAGGACAGUCCACCGCCACCCUAUGACACCUAUCCCAGAGCGUCAUCAGUGAGCCCUUUCCUAGAACCCAAACAUAGUCACUUCUCCUCAUCUGACACGUUCCACUCACGUUCCUCUCAUGAGGAUUACCAUUCGGAGCCUCAGGAAGGCGGUGGCACCAACAGCGGUGGUAUCUCCCCCAGGCAGAAAUCCAGAAACCAGCGAAACUCGUGGCAGGAGCAGAUGGAGAGCAACGCCAGAAUGCACUUCCUCCAGGCGUACCCUGUGGAAGAGCCCCUGCUAUCUGCUGACAGGGAACAAAUGGCUAUGGAGUAUCGAAGGCAGUCUACGCUUCCUGCCCAGCGCAGCCUCCUCCAGGAGCAAUACAGAGCCUUACCCCUGCCCGUCAGGUCCAGUAUUGAUUCGGAAACGGGAGGGAAACCACGCAGCUUCACGCUACCGCGUGACAGCGGCCUUCACGCCAUCCUGGCGGCCAACGCCGGCGCUUCAGACGAGACGACAUCUCCGCGCUACCAGCUGGAACGGCCCAGAGAAAUAGGGCGCGGCGGACGUGACAUGAGAUUGCAGUCGGACUCUGUUGGGGAUUUGUAUCGAGCUCUGGAGCAUACCAGCCUGUCCACCUCCGCUGAGCACCGAUCCACCAGUCGCCUGGAGUACAAGCGUUCCUUUGUCCGCAGGGUUAACGACCCCUUGCUGAACGACAAGCUUCACCGCCUCCGCAUCCUCCACAGCUCUCUCAACAACGUCCCUCUUCCAGACAUAAACCGAUCCAUGGGCUUUUUAGGCUAA